CCCCUUCACAAACACUUCUUUUAGCAGAAACUCAGCUUUUUAAGGCAAAUGGCUUCUUCUAAAACUUUGCUUCUUCUCCUUUGUGCUCUCUUUGCUCUUGUCCUUCUCAUCUCCUCUGAAGUCGCAGCGUCAAAAGACCAAACACAUGAGAGCAUGACAACCAAGGGUGUAGAGGAAGCCCUGUACGGAGGUCCAGGAAAUGGGGAUCCAGGUUAUGGCCGAGGUGGAGAUCCAGGUUAUGGUCGCGGCGGCGGUGGUGGUGGUGGUGGAUAUCAAGGAGGAGGAGGAUGCCGCCAACACGGUUGCUGCCGUAGGUAUCGUUAUGGAUCAGGGUGCCAAAGGUGCUGCUCCUAUGCUAACGAAGUCCCUGAUGCCGACUUUGAGGAUGACAUCAAAAACUAGCUAGCAUUCCCUUUAGCGAGAGAGAGAUGUGUGUAUGUGUGAAAACUAAGGGCUUUCUUUGUAUGAGUUUGCCAAUGAAUAAGGCCUGCAAUGAGCUCUAGCUUGGAUGCUCAUGGCACUUGCCAUUAGACUGAGUGUAGUUUACUUGUUCAUCCCUUUGUACCACAUGUGAUUUC